CCAUUUGCAUAUAUUCAAUCCUUGAAUCACAUACUGCUCUCUUUCUAUACUCCACUCUGCCCUUCUUGCGACUCGAUAUCUGAAAUGGCCCCUCCUUCGAAACUCGGUGUUCAAGCUUCCGCCCUCCAGCGCCUCGUCAAGGAGGAAGCAAGCUACCAUAAGGAGCUUGAACAACAGGAGAGCCGCAUUACCAAGCUUCAAUCAAACCCAGGCGAGGACAACGCCGAUUACCUUCUCAAGCAAGAACGUCAAGCUUUGGAGGAAACCAAGAAGGUUCUGCCAACUGUCCGGGAGAAGAUUGAACAGACCCUCGAGCAAUUGGAAGAGGAGCUGGAGAACAAUAAGGACGGCGGCGCGGCAUCCCCCGAAGAAGUCACCAAAGCGCAGGACGCCAUUGCCGCCGGAAAGAAGGCUCUUGCUCAGAGUGCUUGA